UCCUCUGACUGAAGUUGACAGAUAGUAUCCCAUCUUCUUAGUAGUUCAGGUCAAGUUUCCCAAUACUCCCCAACAAAACACUCACACCAUGGCCCCUCCCAACACGGCAAUCGUCCUCGUCGACCCCUACAACGACUUCCUCCAUCACGAGGGCAAAAUCUACCCGUCCGUGAAAGAAUCCCUCCAGGCUACAGACACAAAUGCCAACCUGCGGACCCUGGUCGCCGCGGCACGCAAGCAGAAGCUGCCCAUCUUUUACGCCCUGCACAAGACGUGGAAGGAGGGCAAUUACGCCGGCUGGAGCCACCUCACGUCGUCGCACAAGGGUCUCGGCGCCGGGCAUGGCUUCGAGGAAGGCAGCUGGGGCGCCGAGAUACUCGAGGGUCUUGAGCCGGAUGUGGUGGGCAAUGGGGAUGUGAUUGCUAGUAGGCAUUGGAAUAAUAGCGGAUUCGCAAACACGGAUUUGAAUUAUCAGUUGCGGCAGAGGGGGGUUACGCACCUUGUUAUGGCGGGCAUGGUUGCCAAUACCUGUCUCGAGUCUACGGCGCGGGAUGCCAGAGAGCUUGGUUUCCACGUCACCCUUCUGACCGAUGCGACUGCCGGCUUCACCACCGCUGGGAAGGAUGCCGCGACGAACCUCAUCUGGCCGCUGAUUGUGGAGAAUGUCACGACGGUUGGGGAUUGGGUUCGUGAAAGUGAGACCAAGGCACGAGUCUAGUUUGAUCUAUCGUAUGGCUUUAGUGACGAUGUGCAAUGGUGAGCUAGCAUAGGGUAGCGGCUGCAACAAGACAUUCAUUCUCAGC